CCUGCGCUCGCAACAGAGCGAGCAGCGCUACACUUGUGCAAUCACCACCACCGCCAACAACAUCUCUCUCUCUGCUCAUCCAGUGUUAUUGUCCAUAACACUUCACAGAAAUCAAACACAAAAACAGCCGACAAUCAUCCUCGCGAGGAGACGUCAGCGCGCCGCCCGUUGCGCGCUCGGAUACAAUUUCAAAGGGAUUGAGAUCUCUUUUCUGUCUGUCGCUUUUCGAGAGAUUUCAGAAGACUGAUAGAGAUUGAUCGGGACGGAACACCUGUGCGUGCUCAUUAAUGACAGACUGAGUAACUGCUAUGACAGGUAAACUAGCGGACAAGAUCCCUAUUACCAUGAGCAGUUUAAUCAACUCCAUCCCUGACAGUCUCUAUCCAGAAGAAGACAUUCCCACUUCUAUGAACAUUUUCACAAACCCGGAAUCUAUUUCGCACUACUCGCAGAUGAAUCCAGAUAAUAUCAUGGACUUGGGGAUGGGCGGCGAGAAGGGCAGUGGAGAAGUCCAAUACGGCUCUGGUUUCCAGUCUGGUCGAAGCGGGCAAACCGUCACCUACCUGGGCAAAUUUGCAUUUGACACCCCUCCAUCCGGCAGCAUCGGAGGCUCCGGCUGGUGUCCCGACAACAACAUCAUCAGUCUGGUGAGUGCGGGAAUCCUGGGGGUGUCACCGUCACCUGGCAACAUCACCACCCAGACGUCUUCAUCGAGCGGCAGCAUGGGUGGCCAGUCGUCAGACAUGGAGCAAGUAUACGCACCACCCCUUCCUGCCUACUCCACCUGUGGCGAGAUAUACCCAGAACAGGUGACGUUCCACCACAGCCCGGCCACGUCCUCGUCUCUUCCCUACCCGGGCUCUGACUACCACACAACCUCAAAACCAGGCAUGGACGGAAGUCUCUUUUCCAUGAUCCCAGACUACAACCUCUUCCAUCACCAGGGGGACGUAGGGGUGAUGGAGCAUAAACCCUUCCAAACCAUGGACCCUAUUAGAGUCAACCCACCUCCCAUAACUCCCCUCGAGACCAUUCGAGCCUUUAAGGAUAAGCAACAGAUCCAUCCCAGCUUUCUCGGUGGGCAACAGCACGUUUCCCAACACCAUCAACCCUCUCAGACACUCGCCCUCAAACCCAUUCGUCCACGAAAGUACCCCAACCGGCCAAGCAAAACUCCCGUGCACGAGCGACCGCACGCCUGUCCGGCGGAGAACUGCGACCGUCGCUUUUCGCGAUCAGAUGAAUUGACGCGUCACCUGCGCAUCCACACGGGACACAAACCCUUCCAGUGCCGCAUCUGCAUGCGGUCCUUCAGUCGCAGCGACCAUCUAACCACGCACAUCCGCACACACACCGGCGAGAAGCCCUUCUCUUGCGAGUUCUGCGGACGCAAGUUUGCGCGGAGCGACGAGCGAAAGAGGCACGCCAAGGUGCACCUGAAACAGAAAGACAAGAAACCCACGGACAAGGGCAGUAGUGCUGGGGCAGGGGGGAGCCACACCUCUCCUCCCAGCUCCUGUGGGAGCGCGGGACCCAGCAGUGCCAAUAUCAUGACCGUCACCACUUGUGCAUGAGAUGGACUUGCAAAGUAAGACUUUGAGGAGAAAAAAAGAAGCUUUCUUUCUCCUCUUAUAUACACACUUGACUCUUAUACUGUCUCCCUCUCACUAUAUCCAUCCGUUUCCUACGGUUUUCAUUGAUUGCGGUGGCACUUUUCUGUAGCCACUAUUGUUUUAGGUGAAAUGAGUGGGGAGUAAGUGGACUCAUGUUGCAUGUAUGGGACGGAGAGGGCGUCAAAGACGAUGGUUCAAGCAGUCAGGUCAAUUCACAGAAAGAGCACUUGCAGACACAGCGCAGUCAUAAGGGUUCAACUCUCAGCUCUGGGGACCAGAGAUUUAAGUCUUUUUUCCCCCACCUUGUAUUUUGGUUUGUAAGUGAGUUGUCAGAUAAAAAGUGCACUUUCAUUUGCUUAAUGUGUUGCAGUCUUUUAAAUGAUUGUUAAUUAUUUAAUGUUUCUGUGUUGUUGUUGUUUUUCAGCAAAAUGUGGCAAAUGCAUUUAAAUACAGCAGACAAUAAAAAAAAAACAUAUAUAUUGUUUGUAUUAACCUAAUAACUUGAUUUCAAACGUUGAUUUGGGGAAAACCUACAAGCUCUGAAGGCUCAAGGAGAUUGAGUUCAUAUUUCCAAAUAUACAAGUGAGGGAUGCAGAUGGCAUUUGUUAUCCGCAACGAACUUUCAGUGCAAUAAAAAACGAAAAACAACAACAACGACGACAAUAAAAUACAGUCUGGCUCACUCUCACAAGUUUGCUUUCUACAGUAGGGAUUGAAAUUAACACACAGUUGUGGCCUUUACCGGUUUCGCAUCUUUUAGUGCGCAUAAGGGCCAAACCUGCAGUUGUGCAUACCUACUUCUGGUAGAGUGAGAUACGGUGAUCCGAUCCAAAUAUUUUGCCUUUCUGCUGCCUGUAUCCCUGCAUGCAUCUAGUAUCACGUCUUUGCUAGUACUAAAAAGAUUACAUCAGUCAUGACUGAAGACCCACAGCAAUAUCCAUCCAGUUCAAACCAUGUGUCAACAAGAGUUACUAUUUUCUUUGUGUGACAAUUGUCCUUUUGUUGUCUUUAUUGUCAUUUCUUUUACUGGACAGUUGCAUUUCCAGCUUUCAUCAUCCAAUAAUUUUCAUUGGGUCCCUUUUUAUGCACAUUAUAUAUUCAGCACGCAUUUUAACACACAUGUACACACGGUUUUCAAAAAUUAAAUCAGCCAAAAUUAUGGUAAUGCUUGCCUGCGAGCAUCACCGCUGGGCAGGAAUGAUCUUAGGAGUCAUUGUUUUGCAUUUUUACCGGCUGAGGCCUGCCUGCUAUAUGCAUGCCAUUCAAGAUGUUUUUGGAUGGGAACAGUUUCAACAUUUAUACUGCUCUCAGGGGCAGCACCGUAAUGUGGUAUAUCUCCACGGUUCCUCUUAUCCGGAUCAUGCCUAGAGAUUCUGAAUAUUAAUGACGAGAACGAGAGGGGGUUUUGUACAGAUAAUUAUACAAACAUAUUACUACAUGUUUUCUACUUGGAAUGUACAAAGCAAUGUCCUUCAGUAUUACGAUGUUGGUCCGUGCACGUGUGUGUGUGUGUGUGUGUGCAUUUGUACACGUGUAUGCUAAUGCAUACGCAAACACCCGCAUACUUAGAUUUUACAUUGACUGAAUGUGGAAAAGAAGGGUGUGUUUACAUUUCUGUUUUCUUUCUUUCUUUCUUCUGUUUUUGAGAUCGUGAUUGUGUACACAGUGCAGAAUGUUUUGUAAGUGUGUGUGCGUGUGUGUGCGCAAGAAAAUGUGACUAUUGACAGUGUCAAAUGUGAUGCAUUCUCCGGGAUUUCUCAAAUAUGAUCUGUUAUUAGCGCAAUUUUGCAAAUGAUGACUUGCGGACACACUGAAUGAUGUGUUUAAUAAAUGAAUAAACAGUAAGAUUAUUUGGUGAAAAACUC